ACCCUGAAAACUACCUCUUAUUCUGUGUGGAAUCAGAUGAUUCUGAAUCAAUCAAGGAGAGACUUCUAGUUCAAAAGAAGGUAACAUCCAGCCUGUGUGAUGGUUCCAUAAUCUUUGACAUGCAGUAGUUGGACUGAUGUUUGCCUUACACAGGGGAGUGCAUUCCAGUAAUCCAUCACACGUGGUAACACAGUACAACCAAGUCCCGUUCUGUCAUGGAAUCAGCUGAUUCCGAAUGCAUCAAGGAGAUUUCUAGAAGAGAUUCCUGUUCUGUGACAACACCGACUAAAAAGUGCUUUCCUUUGUGGAACCUGAAGAAUCAGAUCCAAUUGCUCCCAGACCUCGUGAAGAUUAGCAUCCAGCCUGUGUGAUGAAGCUGCCAUAAUCCUCAUACAGCCUGCUGAGAAAAGACAGAUAGUUGUAAUAUAGUUGAUGCAACUAUCGGCCAUCAAGAUAACAGCUUUAGAAAAUGGACACAAAGUAAAGAUAUUUGUUUGUUUUCUCUGCAAAAAACCUCAUCAAGCUUUAAGCUGAACUGUUGCCAGAGGAUCCAUACCAUACUAUAGUUAGAGACUGUCUCCUUGUUAGACCUGUGGUAUAGCCUUUUCUAGGGAAUCUACACGUACACGAGAGGGCACAUAGUGGACGAAAACCGUUUGUUUUGAGAACCAAGUACUUGUCUUGAGCAACAUAAUCUAUGAAAGUAACAGGAGAGUCCAUGAUUGAUAAAAAACAAUUUGUUUUAUGUAAGGCCUGUGGUAAAGCCAUUUACAAUUUACAUGACACCCCGCAUACUGAAGAGAAAGCGUAUGUUUAUGGAACGUGUAGUAAAGUCAUUUCUGUAGGUAGCCUAAACAGUCGAGAUGAACACAAAUGCGAAACCAUUUGUUUGUGAGACCUGUGGUAAAGCCUUUUCUGGUAAAAGUGAUCUAGGCGUACAUGAGAGGGUUCAUACAGGUGAGAAACCAUUUGUUUGUGGGACCUGUGGUAAAGCCUUUUCUUCUAAAAGGAGUCUAUGUGAACAUGAAAGGGUCCACACUGGUGAGAAACCAUUUGUUUGUGAGACCUGUGGUAAAGCCCAUUCUUCUCACAGUAAUUUAAGAUCACAUGAGAGGGUUCAUACAGGUGAGAAACCAUUUGUUUGUGAGACCUGUGGUAAAGCCUUUUCUUUUAAAAGGAGUCUAUGUAAGCAUGAGAGGGUCCACACUGGUGAGAAACCAUUUGGUUGUGAGACUUGUGGUAAAGCCUUUUCUCAGCUAAGUCAUCUUAAAGCACAUAUCAGGGUGCACACUGGUGAGAAACCAUUUGUUUGUGAGACCUGUGGUAGAGCCUUUUCUUCUCAAAGUUAUCUACGCAAACAUAAGAAGGUUCAUGAUCAUACUGGUGAGAAACCAUUUGUUUGUGAGACCUGUGGUAAAGCUUUUUCUGAUAAAAGUAAUCUACGCGUUCAUGAGAGGGUUCAUACAGGUGAGAAACCUGUUUGUGAGACCUGUGGUAAAGGCUUUUCUACUCAAAGUCAACUACGCUUACAUGAGAGGAUGCACACUGGUGAGAAACCAUUUGUUUGUGAGACCUGUGGUAAAGCCUUUUCUUCUGAAAGUUAUCUAUGUGUACAUGAGAAGGUUCAUCAUACAGAUGAGAAACCGUUUGUUUGUGAGACCUGUGGUAAAGCCUUUUCUGGUAAAAGUGAUCUACGCGUACAUGAGAGGGUUCAUACAGGUGAGAAACCAUUUGUUUGUGGGUCCUGUGGUAAAGCCUUUUCUUCUAAGAGGAGACUAUGUGAACAUGAGAGGAUCCACACUGGUGAGAAACCAUUUGUUUGUGAGACCUGUGGUAAAGCCCAUUCUUCUCACAGUAAUUUAAGAUCACAUGAGAGGGUUCAUACAGGUGAGAAACCAUUUGUUUGUGAGACCUGUGGUAAAGCCUUUUCUUUUAAAAGGAGUCUAUGUAAGCAUGAGAGGGUCCACACUGGUGUGAAACCAUUUGGUUGUGAGACUUGUGGUAAAGGCUUUUCUCAGCUAAGUCAUCUUAACGCACAUAUGAGGGUGCACACUGGUGAGAAACCAUUUGUUUGUGAGACCUGUGGUAGAGCCUUUUCUUCUCAAAGUUAUCUACGAAAACAUAAGAAAGUUCAUGAUCAUACCGAUGAGAAACCAUUUGUUUGUGAGACCUGUGGUAAAGCCUCAACUACUAAAGGUUAUCUACGCAUACAUGAGAAGGUUCAUACAGAUGACAAACCUGUUUGUGAGACCUGUGGUAAAGGCUUUUCUACUCAAAGUCAACUACGCUUACAUGAGAGGGUGCACACUGGUGAGAAACCAUUUGUUUGUGAGACUUGUGGUAAAGCCUUUUCUUCUGAAAGUUAUCUACGUGUACUUGAGAAGGUUCAUCAUACAGAUGAGAAACCGUUUGUUUGUGAGACCUGUGGUAAAGCCUUUUCUGGUAAAAGUGAUCUACGGGUACAUGAGAGGGUUCAUACAGGUGAGAAACCAUUUGUUUGUGGGACCUGUGGUAAAGCCUUUUCUUCUAAAAGGAGACUAUGUGAACACGAGAGGAUCCACACUGGUGAGAAACCAUUUGUUUGUGAGAUCUGUGGUAAAGCUCAUUCUUCUCACAGUAAUUUAAGAUCACAUGAGAGGGUUCAUACAGGUGAGAAACCAUUUGUUUGUGAGACCUGUGGUAAAGCCUUUUCUUUUAAAAGGAGUCUAUGUAAGCAUGAGAGGGUCCACACUGGUGUGAAACCAUUUGGUUGUGAGACCUGUGGUAAAGGCUUUUCUCAGCUAAGUCAUCUUAAUGCACAUAUGAGGGUGCACACUGGUGAGAAACCAUUUGUUUGUGAGACCUGUGGUAGAGCCUUUUCUUCUCAAAGUUAUCUUCGAAAACAUAAGAAGGUUCAUGAUCAUACCGGUGAGAAACCAUUUGUUUGUGAGACCUGUGGUAAAGCCUCAACUACUAAAGGUUAUCUACGCAUACAUGAGAAGGUUCAUACAGAUGACAAACCUGUUUGUGAGACCUGUGGUAAAGGCUUUUCUACUCAAAGUCAACUACGCUUACAUGAGAGGGUGCACACUGGUGAGAAACCAUUUGUUUGUGAGACCUGUGGUGAAGCCUUUUUUUCUGAAAGUUAUCUACGUGUACAUGAGAAGGUUCAUCAUACAGAUGAGAAACCGUUUGUUUGUGAGACCUGUGGUAAAGCCUUUUCUGGUAAAAGUGAUCUACGGGUACAUGAGAGGGUUCAUACAGGUGAGAAACCAUUUGUUUGUGGGACCUGUGGUAAAGCCUUUUCUUCUAAAAGGAGACUAUGUGAACAUGAGAGGAUCCACACUGGUGAGAAACCAUUUGUUUGUGAGAUCUGCGGUAAAGCUCAUUCUUCUCACAGUAAUUUAAGAUCACAUGAGAGGGUUCAUACAGGUGAGAAACCAUUUGUUUGUGAGACCUGUGGUAAAGCCUUUUCUUUUAAAAGGAGUCUAUGUCGGCAUGAGAGGGUCCACACUGGUGGGAAACCAUUUGGUUGUGAGACUUGUGGUAAAGGCUUUUCUCAGCUAAGUCAUCUUAACGCACAUUUGAGGGUGCACACUGGUGAGAAACCAUUUGUUUGUGAGACCUGUGGUAGAGCCUUUUCUUCUCAAAGUCAUCUACAAAAACAUAAGAAGGUUCAUGAUCAUUCUGGUGAGAAACCAUUUGGUUGUGAGACCUGUGGUAAAGGCUUUUCUCAGCUAAGUCAUCUUAACGCACAUAUAAGGGUGCACGCUGGUGAGAAACCAUUUGUUUGUGAGACCUGUGGUAGAGCCUUUUCUUCUCAAAGUUAUCUUCGAAAACAUAAGAAGGUUCAUGAUCAUACCGGUGAAAAACCGUUUGUUUGUGAGACCUGUGGUAAAGCCUUAACUACUAAAGGUUAUCUACGCAUACAUGAGAAGGUUCAUACAGAUGACAAACCUGUUUGCGAGACCUGUGGUCAUCUUAACGCACAUAUCAGGUUGCACAGUGGUGAGAAAUCAUUUGAGAAGGUUAAUCAUACAGAUGAGAAACCAUUUGUUUGUGAGACCUGUGGUAGAGCCUUUUCUUCUCAAAGUUACCUACCAAAACAUAAGAAGGUUCAUGAUCAUACCGGUGAGAAGCCAUUUGUUUGUGAGACCUGUGGUAAAGCCUUUUCUGAUAAAAGUAAUCUACGCGUACAUGAGAGGGUUCAUACAGGUGAAAAACCAUUUGUUUGUGGGACCUGUAGUAAAGCCCUUUCUUCUAAAAGGAUACUUUGUGAACACGAAAGGGUCCACACUGGUGAGAAACCAUUUGUUUGUGAGACCUGUGGUAAAGCCCAUUCUUCUCACAGUAAUUUAAGAUCACAUAAGAGGGUUCAUACAGGUGAGAAACCAUUUGUUUGUGAGACCUGUGGUAAAGCCUUUUCUUUUAAAAGGAGUCUAUGUAAGCAUGAGAGGGUGCACACUGGUGAGAAACCAUUUGGUUGUGAGACCUGUGGUAAAGCUUUUUCUCAGCUAAGUCACCUUAAAGCACAUAUCAGGGUGCACAGUGGUGAGAAACCAUUUAUUUGUGAGUUCUGUGGUAAAGCCUUUUCUCGACGAAGUGAUCUAUGCCACCACAAGAGGGUUCAUACAGGUGAGAAACCAUUUGUUUGUGAGACCUGUGGUAAAGCCUUUUCUCGACGAUGUAGUCUUCAAACACAUAUCAAGGUGCACCACAAUUGAUAGACACCAUUUGUUUGUGAGAUCAGUUGCGAAGUCUUUGCUAGUCAAAGUCGCUAAUAUGCGUCAGAGGGUACUAGUGACGAAGCUAUGCAUUUUCGUGAGACCUGUGGUAAAGCCUUUUCUGACAUUUUUUCUAAUAAGGAAACAGAAUGGUUCAAACUGGGGUACAUUUUUUGAUAUAACUGUGAGCAUUAACUUGCAAAGCUUUGUAGUAUUUUUUUAGUACAUUUUUGUUGCGUUUAAUUGUUAAUUAUAAUAUAUUUCUUAUAUAAAACCAUUCAAACAAAUGAUAACAUAAAGGCCAUCAGCCUGGGGGUUUGGUCAGUAUCAAAUCAGGGCAUAAAUGAUUAGUGUGCACAUGCGCAAGGUACACCGCCCCUAGAGUGGUAACAAGCAUUUUUAUAGACAUUUUGAAGAAAAAAAAGUUGAUAACCCUCAAAAAGCUGCCACCGCUGCAAUGCUACCACUUAUUUUCUGACUCUUGAGGUGUAUACCUCGCCAAAAAUCCCCAUGGCGAUUAUUUCCCUCAUUUGAUACCGGUGGCCAAAAUUUUGGACGAGGCUGAUGGCCUAAUAAGGUAGAUGCUUAAUAUAUGGAUAGUACAUGAACCUGUGACAGAGUAAACUGGUGAUUUUUGGACAGUGAUUUUGCCUACCUAUGUAAAAGUCUACAGGGGUCCAAUGUACAUGUAACUGGGUCGCAUCAAACACGGGUAGGUGAGGCAUACUGUUCACACUAAAGACCGGGUUGUAUACGGGGUCAGCUGUAGAUUGGGGAUUUUUUUACCCAGGGUAGAGCUUCUCAACUCUGUUCAUGACCAGGCCUGGAUUUUACCUGUGUAGUGCACUGGACCCCUGUAGGAGCCGUGUUGCGUUCUUGGUAGUGUGAAAUGGUUCCGAAAUCUCCACCUUAGGCCUGGGUCCAAUCGCUAAUGGGUAUAGGUGAGGCAUACCAUUCACACUUACACUGGGUUGUACAGGGUGAUUCCGAAUGAUCUGGACCCAAGUUCACCAUUUGUUUGUGGCAAAAAGAACAUAGCGACAAAAAGACUUAAAAUGGUAGCUGUGGCUGUGGUGAGGAGUUAUGCCAUAAAUUCAGUGGCUCAUUUUCCAGUCUGCACACGGAAUUGGUUUUUUUUCUUAAAUGUGUCAAUAUCUUCAAGUGUGUCUGUCACCAUGACUAGUAUUUUCUACUGCACUGCAUGCUUCACAUCAGUACACGAUUUCAAUAAAUUUGUUGAACCAUGGAACCGUA